CAGACAGCCCAUCACACACACAGAGAGCGAACAUGGCGGGCGCCUCCGACCCUCUGGAAGACAUGCUCUUCUCCGAGGUGGACGAGAAAGCCGUGAGCGAUCUAGUGGGCUCGCUGGAGUCUCAGCUGGUGGGCCAGAGCGACCCGGCCGCCGCGCAGCCCGAAAACGCUCGCCCGGGCAGCGCGAAGCAGCAGCAGCAGCAGCAGCAGGCAGGAGGAACAGCGCAGCUGUCUGCUCCUAUAGGCUCUCCAUCAGAACCACAACAACAAGCACAGCAGCAGCAGAACGCGCGGAAAGCUGCGCGCAACCCGGAUUCCGACCCGAAAGACGCCAGCAUGGAAAAGCACGCCAAAGCCCUGGAGAAGGAGAGCCCUCUGAAGUCGCAUGGCAGCAUCAUCAUCAUCACUACGGCAGCAGCAUCCGACGCUCCCGCACCGGGCAACAAAGGUGAGAGCCCGAGGGACACCCGCAAGAAGCACCCGGGGAACACGCGCGCGCUGCGCUCCCCAGCAUCCCACAGUCUCAACGGCAACGGAGCCGACGCAGCAUCAGCAUCACCCAGCUCCUCCAGCCCGAGCAGCACGACUUUCACCGUGUCCAGUAACCCGCAGGCGAUCGCGCUGGACCGCGGGACGCCCACCAUCGCGCUGCACCGACUCCCGCGUCACAUCGUCGCCAGCAUCGCGCAGAAUGGAAACGGCACGUCCGUGUCCGCGCUGGUCCAGCAGAGCGCGCAGGUCAACCACAGCAAACCACCCGCGGACGCACCCGGGAACAACGCGAAACCCGCGGCGACCUCGGCCACAGCAGCGCUUGUCAAACCGGCUGUCUGUGUCAGUGCGGCUCCGGUCAUCAGACCUGCGCAGCAGAGGGUCGUAACGCCGCAGCUGAUUGUCAGACCACCGCAGCAACAAACUACAAUACAGCUGCCGCCCGGAUUCACCAUCCCACCAGGUAUGGUGCUGGUCCGGACGGAGAUGGGUCAGCUGGUGAUGGUUCCUCAGCAGGCUCUGGCUCAAGCUCAGGCCCAGAACAGCAUCUCGCCGCGGCCCUCCACACCCACCAGCGUGGCCACGUUCAGGGUCACGACCCCACAGUCUCCUGUUAGCACUCAGGCGAUUCGUCCCGCUCCUGCGGCUCAAACUAAACCGGUCCAGUCGAGUUCACCGAGCGCCGCGGCCCAGACCAGCACUGCAGCCGGCCCCGCUAAGGCCCCCGUGGCAGCCGCCGUGGCAGUGACAGCUCCCCAGCAGGUCCAGCCGGCCUUGGGCCCCCAGGGGCCCCUCACUCAGAUGCCACUAGCCCCGCAGAGCGCAGCCGCCCCGGCCACCGGAUCUCCGCUUGUCUCCCAGGUCUGUGUGCCCUCCUGUAUCGAAGCCCGCAAGUUUCUCUCUCUCUUUAUCUAUUCUUUUUCUCAGCUCAAGUGAGUGACUGUUGGACCCCUCAAGCUUCCCUGGUUAACUGUCAGGACUUGGUUAGGCUCCAUCCAAACCACACACACACA